GAAGAAUUGAUACGCAUUGAACCGUCCUCGAUGUCUGGCCCCGAAACACCGCGCUCGUUCCUGCAGAAAGCCUGUGAGAACUGUCGCCUCAGGAAGAUCAAAUGUGACAAGCAAAUUCCUUGCGCUAGUUGCCAGACAUUGGGUAUCUCUUGUCAAGCUGCUGCCACGCGUGCUGCAGAGCAUAGACCCCGCAUUGUCGUGACUAGCCAGUAUGAACGACAAAUUGCCUUAAUCCAAGAACGACUUCAAGGGAUUGAGAACAGUCUGAGGCAAUUGUCGCAUGGCUCUGGAGCUUCGACUCCGAGACUUGGAUCUCACGGGACAGAGCCUGUGAACGGCGCCGCUCAAUCGGACAAGUCUAUCACGAUUUACGAGGGAGAGUCAUCUUUCGGCAAUUCGACUAUCCAGGCAGGUCAACUUGCUGAUGUCACCGCGACGGUGGCCGACGGACCGGCAUCGACCGAGUUGUUCGGUGCGCUGUCAUUACUCAAGGACAGUUUGAAGCGACAUGAAGCCUUGUCGCGGACUCACGAAACUCACCUCAAUACAAGGGUGAAGCCUAGUGCUGUGGUGCAAUACGAGCUUCCACCGGCUCCGCUGGUCAUCGCCCUGAUAAACAGAGCCAAAGCGCAUCCAUCCUUGUCUUUGGUUGCAUUCUCGUAUCGAGGAGUGUCACAGCUGGAAGCAUUAUGUCAAAAAGCCUACUUUCCUCUGGAACCACCAUCAGCAGGAUCUAUGAUAUUCUUUUACGGCUUCCUGUACUUGGUGAUAAGAGAUUACUGGAGUCAACAAGAUCCGAUACUCGAAGGAUACGACGCACAGUCAAUUAUUGAUCUCUGCGAGACAAGGUUUUGUGCUGGACUUGAGAGGUUCGAGACUUUGACAGUGCCUGUGCUACCACAUAUACAAGCACUCAUGAUUGGCGCUAUCAAGGCUCAGGAAGAAUGCAAAUUGUCUCUCUCGUGGACAUUUAUGUCAGCUGCGGCCACAAUGUGCCAUACACUCGGCUUCCACCGCAAGUCCUCGCUGAUCCACGAAGACCCAGAAACCGCAGAUGUCAAGCGCCACCUGUUCUGGCAGCUUUACAUGCUCGACAAGAAUCUUUCCCUGAACUUGGGACGUGGUUCCAACUUCCCAGAUUCGGAUAUCGAUGCUGAAUUUUUUGCUCCGUCAUCUAAUCCUGCACAACGACCUUGGGACUUGAUGUCUCUUGCAACAAUCUUGUUUGCAAAACUUCAGGGACAAGUCUACGAUAGACUUUAUUCGGCUUCAGCUAUCAACUCAUCAGUAGAGGCCCGCACUCGUGCCAUUGACGAGUUGUCGUAUGAAAUCAACGCUCUUCGGAAUCAGCUUCUUUCUAUUGACUUUACCGGCGCCUACUACCAAGAACGCCUUUUAGGAAUGGCUCAAGCCGCCGACUUUGUCUGCUAUUCCGUACUCACAAUCAUCUACCGCGCCCAACCACUCACAAGCAGCACAACCGAGAUCAGUCCCAAAUGCUACGAAGCCGCAAGACUGGCCCUCGACAACCAUCUCCGCUGUUUCGCAAACUUCAGCAAUCGAUCUGUGGACCAACAGGCUGAAUACGUGAACUGGAUUUUGCUUUACCCAUCUUUCACACCGUUCACGGUGGUCUUCAUUCAUGCUAUUGCUACCACUGAUACGGAGGAGUUGCAGCUCUUGCAGGAGACUGUGCGCAGUCUUGAGCAUGUCAGUGUACUUUCACCGGCAGCUCGUCGUCUGCAUGAUGUUUGCGCCGCUUUUGGGAAAGUGGCUGCUGCUUUUAUUACUUCUCAACGAACGCUCAGUGGCUGGCAUUGUCGCAACGAUGGAACACUAUCACUGCCAUCAGCGGAGACAAACUACCAACCCGAUAUGGCUGCUUCAAUCACGGAUCAAGGACAAGAUCAGGACGCGUUAUCAGCUUUUCUGUGCUCUUUGGCUGGGCAAAAUCGACCGUUGACGGAUUUCUUGCAUAUGGAUCUAUUGGAUGCUGAGUUUGGGAUGGGAGAGUUAUUUCCGACUUCGCAAUGAGGAACAGAUUGAAGUUUUGAACAAACGAGGUGGUAUCGCGUAUCUGUAAUAUAAAGAGCCAAUCGCAGUAUACAUUUGGGAUGCAUACACGAUCAGCAAGUUCA